AUGACAAGACGACUUCACCUGUCAAUCCAAUUGCUCUUCCUCCUUGCCUUAUUGGCAUCUUCCAUGGUGUCUGCCUUUACCGGUGGCAGUAGAACCAGCCCUUUCAAUUCUCAAAAUGUUUCAGGGCUAUCAUCUUCAUCCUACGCGACUACCUUGCCCCGAGGAGGAGGCGGUGGAGGAAAUAUUCUGACAACGACGACGACCUCAGUGUUGCUGGGAAAGCGAUCAUCGAAUCUUGAUGGUCGAAUCCAGCUUCAGUCGGCUGCAUCUUCUUCGGCCAGCGAGGAUAAAAGUACCACCAACAAUAGCAAAGACAGCGACGACAACAAGCUUCCCAAGACUAUCAUUCCCAUUUUACUUUCUGUCUUGGCCCUUAUUCUCAGCGAAGGAAUUGCCCUCUCGACGUUGCCACUUCAUUUGCAAUCCAUGGGUGCUACUCCCACCACCAUUGGCCUUUCCACGAGUGCCUUUUCUAUUGCCCAAAUGGUAUGUUGUCCAUUGUUGGUAAAAUGGUCGGCUACCUUGGGACGAACCGCCACUUUGCGAGUCUGCUUGUUGGGCGCCGCCUUGUCGUCCACUUUGAUUGCCAGUGCCCAAAACAUUCCCUUGAUUUUGGUAGCACGGUUUGCUGCUGGGGCUUUUGCUUCCUCCAUUCCUAUUGCUCAAGCGGGAGUGACCGAUUUGGUAAAGCCCCAUCAAACCGCAAUGGCACUCUCACAAGUAAGUGCUGCGAGUCAAACUGGAUUGGUAAUCGGGCCGAUUGCUUCGGCAUUGGUUCAGGGGAUUUUGAUUUCCUUGGGUGUACCUUCGUCGUAUUUGGUCCGUGCUGUCUUUGCAUCUUCUGCUGCCUUUGCGCUCGUGGCACUCUUGAUUGGAACAUUGGCGGCAAAAGCAAGUCAAGGGGCAGCAGCAGUUGCGGAGGAAACCGAAUCGUCAACCACGGAAUCUAAUACAUCAUUCCAUUUAUCGAAAGAAUCCCCAUCAUCAGCAGCAGCAAUCACCACAGAUGGCGCCUCCGACUCUAGUUACUCCUUCUUGGUGCAACCCUCACUUCGGUCCAUCGCCUUACUCGCCGGAUGGGCCUUGACCCUCAGUGUUUCCACCUACAGCAUGUUCUCCUCUAAAUUCUUGGGGUACGCUCAAACACAACUAUCGGGAGCCAUGAGUACGGGAGCAGCCGUGACUAUUUUGACACAGAUUCUAUUGGUACCUCGUCUUGUACCGAGUUUGGGAACACACUUGGCGGAUUCGGUCGGAUUGGCCAUUUUGUCGGCGGGUUUGUUGGGAACCUCACUCAUCCGGGUCCAACCGAUCCAUUCCCUCUUUUAUUUACUCAUUCGAGUGGGAACUGGUAUUGUGGAUACAGCCACGGCCACUUUGGUCGCCACCUAUUCCAAGGACCGACAAGAGCGUGGUACUAAUCUGGGAAUGAUUCAAUCCACCCGCGCAGGGGCACGCAUCUUCACCCCCGUCAUUUCAGGGUCGCUCUUUGCCAGAAGCUGCGCCAUGCCAAGGGCACCAGGGUCUCUACCAUACUUGGUCAAUGCUGCUUGCUGUCUUGCCUUGAUACCAUUGCCGCUCUUUUUGAAACGCAAGUUGGGAGGAAGUGGUGGUGAUGAUGGAGUGAGAAAAAAUAUGAAGAAGGAUUAA